ACCACUAAGCACUCCGAAGAGAACUCAAAGCGCAGACACAAACCCUCACAACAAUUGUCAUUUACAAUUUUGACAACCACGUGUUUACUUUUCCAUUUAAUCGCUAUCUCCAUCGUCAAUUCCUUAUUUUUUUUUAAUUUUACGCUAAAGUUAUUAAAUAUUUGGUAAAAAUGGAGGAGGACGGACCUCAAGAGGCUAGCAUUGAUUUUGUGCCCGCACUUUGCUUUGUACCACGCGGUGUCGCUAAGGAACGACCAGAAAAAAUUGUGCUUACGCAGUCUGAACUGGCGCGUAUCAUUGAAGACACAAAGAGUACGCUCGCAGAAGAUGGUGAGGAUGACGACGAUGAUGAAGAUAUUGACAACGAGGACGAUAUGGAAAUAGAUGAGGAAGCAGCGGCUGGCGCUUCUAAUAGAAAUCCGGACGAUGAAUUUGGUUUCGAUAAUUAUGACAAAGAAGUUGCUUCAAAAACAGCUGAUAUUGCUUCUGUAGUUGAUGCCAAUGAGCAGUUGCCCGAUGAAGAUAAUGAUUCCGAAGCAGAAGAUGAAAUCAUAAAACCCACUGACAAUUUAAUAUUAGUUGGUCAUGUGCAGGACGAUGCAGCAUCCAUGGAGGUGUGGGUGUUUAAUGAAGAGGAAGAAUCUUUAUAUACACAUCACGAUUUCAUACUUCCUAGCUUUCCACUAUGCAUAGAGUGGUUGAAUCAUGAUCCUGGUAGUGACACACCUGGCAAUAUGUGCGCUAUUGGUUGUAUGGACCCAGUGAUCACCAUUUGGGAUUUAGAUAUACAAGAUUCAAUGGAGCCUACAUUUAAAUUGGGUUCAAAAGGUAGUCGCAAGAAGCACAAAGAUCCCUAUGGACACACCGACGCAGUUUUGGAUCUUUCGUGGAAUCGUAAUUAUGAACAUAUACUCGCCAGUGCUUCUGUAGAUCAGACAGUUAUAUUAUGGGAUUUAGACGAAGGACAACCGCACACUACAAUAACAGCAUUUGAAGAAAAAGUCCAAUCCUUGGAGUUUCAUCCAGAUGAUGCACAAAGUAUUCUGGCUGGUAGUGCCGAUGGUAUAGUGCGCUUAUUCGAUUGCCGAAAUGCUGAUACAGUAGACAGUGAUUAUGUUAAAUGGAAAAUACCCGGUGAGGUUGAAAAAGUGAUGUGGAAUCCAACGGAUACUAACCAUUUUGUUAUUGGUACCAAUGACGGCAGUCUACAUUAUGCUGACAGGAGACAACCCGAUCAACUGUUGUGGUCAAUUAAAGGGCAUGAAGAAGAAAUUUCUGGUGUGUGCUUCAAUAAGAGUGUGGCGAAUUUGUUGACUUCAACAUCAACGGAUGGUAUGUUGAAAGUGUGGGAUUUUAACGCUGGUGCUAUCAAAGAAGUGUACUCCCAUGAUUUUCAAAUGGGUCGCCUGCAAUGUAUGAAACAAAGUCCCGAAGAUCCGUUUACGUUGGCGCUUGGCGGUGAGAAGCCACCGCGCUGUCGCAUUUACAAUAUAAAGAACUUCGAAGUUGUGAGAAAAGUUUUCAAGAUUCCUGAAGUACUGCAAUAAACCACGCUACCGACAUAUUAUUUAGUUAUAAAAAAAUCAUAAUUAUAUAUGUAUUUAUGAGACUUGGAAAGAACACAAUUUUUAUUUGAAAGUAAAAAUUGUAUUAAUUUGACUUGUAUAAAUAUAAAGUUUAUAAACGAGUAUAGCUUAGCCUUGUUUUUUUUUUAUACAUAUUUGUAUCUGGUUAAUUAAUUAUCACGUCUCCAUUUGAAGAACGGUACUUUUGUUGGUUGGCAGUAAUACUACAAGCGCGACUUGUUCGCCACGCACAAAUAGCUGUUGCAGAUGUCUUCGGAUUUCCACAUUUUUUCUAUUAAUGCACUUCACCUCUUGCUUUGGCAAUUCAAUACCAAGCUCCUUUAAUCUCCAUGUACAAUCCUGUGGUUCCCCACACAUUUUAUUUUCACUAUAUCCAAAUUUACGACGCUGAGAAACUUCAUACACAUCGCGUAGCCAUAAAUUCCAAAAUUUAUCAAAACAGACUAGUGCACCCUCUAAAGUGCCACGAAUACCAUGUUCGCGUCGCACCAUAACACGUAUACGUCGCUGUUCUUUCAUGGACUCUCUUAAUGUUAGCAUUGGCCCGGUAACGCCAUCAAUAUAUGUUAAAAUAUUGUGUGUAUCCUUCUGCUUACGUCCACUUCCCUUUACAGGCAUUUGAUGCGGCUGGAAACGGCGUUGCUGUGCCUCCUCAGCUAUGACCUGGCGCUCUUUUGAGCUACCAGGUUUAACACUCAUCGCACUAUCAUCCUUUUUUUGUAAGUUUAUAUUCACUACUGUAUUAUUACGCUUAUUCAGAUUCAUAAUGCCAAAACGUUUAAAUGCACUUUCGAAAGCUGCAAGGUUUUGAUAUAUGACUUUCGGCUGUUUCUCUCUAAUGCGGUAUUCCGGCGCAUAUAGCGCGCGUAAUGGAUCAAAUCUUUCGCUGGUUAUGUCCAGCUCGCUAUCCCCAGAGCUUGCAGAGUCAUCUUCUGCUGGUUUGGCAAUGCUUGGUACUUCUUCCGCCGUUUUCUCCUCAUCCUGUGUGGUAUUAUCCUUCGCCUCGCUAAUUUUGACUUUCUUGUUUUCAACAAUUUCUUAGUUAAA